GAUAGCGCAAAAAAACUGAAAAUAUAACGGAAUUUUUCUAAGACCUGAAAGUUGAAAAAUUCGAGGGUUUUUUGUGCAUUUUGGCACUUUAUAUUGUAUUUAUACAAAAUGUUAUUUUGAAUGGCGAGUGUAAACUUCGAAAAUUUUAACUAUUCAACUUAUCAACACCCCAUCCCCCUGUGACGACGUGAUUUUUGCCUGUAGCGGCCUGUAGCGGAAUCACAGUAUAUGCGGAAUUUUCGACGACAUGUAGCGUAAUUUUAUCAUUUAACUCUGGCAACACUGCCUGUGUUGGUUCGGGUGGUUCAGUAGGUUAGGUAGGUUAUUUUUGGGAGUUAUUUUUCUACACAGUUUUUCUGAGGUUAGGUGACAACUCGACGAAUUGAUUAUUGUAUUCUCUGUUAUUACCACUAUUACUAACGAUUCAGCUGUAUUGUAUAUAUUAACGGAGAUUAACAAAAUACAAAACUCCCGUCUUGUCGUGAGGUGCUAAUGGUCAGAAAUGAAAUUGUAUUGUUUAAGCAACGAUCCAAACAAACCAUGUCACGUUUUAACAUUCAAGGAAAUUACACUGAUGUUGGACUGUGGUCUUUCUAUGCAAUCGGUCCUCAGUUUUGUUCCUUUGUCCUUUGUUCCAUCAAGCAGGUUGCUCAAUUUACCAAACUGGACGCCCAAUGAUGCCGCUGACUCUGAUUUGGAAGGGGAAUUGAAAGAGAACGGGGAUCGAGUAUUUGUUGAUUCUCCACCAGAGUUUUGUCCUCCCCUGCACAAACUUAUUGAUUUUGCACAAGUGGAUGUUAUUUUAAUAUCCAAUUAUUUGUGUAUGAUGGCAUUGCCCUUCAUUACAGAACAAACAGGUUUUCAGGGCAGAGUUUAUGCAACAGAACCAACGCUUCACAUAGGGAGGCUAUUAUUAGAGGAACUUGUUAAUUACAUUGAGCAAUGUCCUAAAGCUAAUUUGGCAGUUCAGUGGAAAAAUUUUAUUCACAAGUUACCAUACCCUUUGAGUGAUUCAUUUAAACCUAAAUCUUGGAAACAAUUAUAUGAUAUGAACAGUGUAAAUGUGAGUCUUUCGAGGAUACAAAUGGUAGGAUAUAAUGAAAAAAUUGACAUAUAUGGAGCAUUAAAUGUAAUGCCAUCUAGUUCAGGUUUUUGCCUUGGGUCUUCUAACUGGAUCAUUACGUCAGAUCAUGAAAAAAUAGUUUACUUAAGUGGUUCAAGUACUUUGACAACGCACCCACGACCCAUGGAUCAUCAUUCCUUAAAAAACGCUGAUGUUUUAAUAAUGACAGAUCUCACACAAACACCCAUUAGCAAUCCAGACUCAAUGUUGGGCGUUCUGUGUGUUGUUGUUGGAUUAACUCUUCGUGGAGGUGGCAAUGUGUUAAUUCCAUGUUAUCCAACAGGAGUUGUUUAUGAUUUAUUUGAGUGUCUGUCAGUUAAAAUGCAAGAUUUAGGAGUUUCAAAUUGUCCCAUGUUUUUUAUUUCUCCUGUAGCUGACACGAGUUUAGCUUAUUCAAAUAUUCUAGCAGAAUGGUUAUCUUCAGUGAAGCAAAAUAAAGUUUAUGUAACAGAAGAACCAUUCCCCCAUGGACUAUUAGUAAAAAAUAAUAAACUGAAGCAUUUUAAACAUAUUUAUUCAGAUGGAUUUAGUACAGAUUUCCAAGAGCCUUGUGUGGUUUUUUGUGGCCAUCCAUCACUGAGAUUUGGCGAUGUGGUACAAUUCAUUGAAUUGUGGGGAAAUAAUCCAAGAAACUGCAUUGUUUUCACAGAACCAGAUUUUGACUACAUUGAAGCCUUAGCUCCGUAUCAGCCGUUACAAAUGAAGGUUGCCCAUUGUGCUAUAGACACUUCACUAAAUUUCACACAAGCGAAUAAGCUUAUCAGAGAUUUAAAACCGAACACUCUCGUUAUCCCUGAGUGUUACACACAACCGCCCGUUUCUGCACCGAAUUUGACAGAUUAUGUGAUUGAAACGAGUUCAGAUCGUACAUUAAUUCCCUACAAAUGGGGAGAAGUGAUUAACUUACCCUUAAAACGAAAACAUGCUCAAGUUUUUAUUGAGACAGGGGUGGCGCAAAAAAUUGUACCGUUAGAAGUAAAACCAGGUAUUUGUCUGUCAACUAUAACAGGAACUUUGAACAUUAAGGAUAAUAUCCAUAAUAUAAAGGAUUUGCCUUCUGCCAUUGAUAAGACUGAAAAAUAUGUUAAGUAUGAAUGGGGUAAUUUAAUUCUAAACGAUUUUUUACAAAAACUAAUGCAAGAAGGAAUUAACGAACCAAAAGUUGAAUCACAUGGUUCAGUAAUUGUUAUACAUUUGCAAGACGAAGAUGCACUGAUCCAGUUGGAAGAUAACAGCACACAUGUAGUAUGUAAUGGGGAUGAUAACUUAAGAACUAAAUUAAGGAACAUUGUGCUACAAUGUUUAAGGAAGUUUUAAAUAAAAGUUUUUAACAAA